AUGUCUCUUCUUCAUUUCCUUCAUUUCUUCCUUUCGUCCAUUCCUUCCUUCUUUUCCUUCCUCGAUUUUCUUUCUCCCUUCUAUUCCUUCUUUCCAUUCAUUCAUUUUCUCCUACCUUCUCACUUGUAUCCGUUAAGCCUUUUCUCCCCUUCCUUCCUUCCUUCCUUCCUUCCUUCCUUUUUUCCAUUCCUUCCUUCCUCCCCGCAUUGCUUUCUUUUUUCCAUUCUUUCUUUCUCUCUCCCAUUCCUUCCUUCCUUCCUUCCUUCCUUCUUUCCUUCCUUCCUUUUUUCCAUUCUUUUUUUCCUCUCUCCCAUUCCUUCCUUCGUUCCUUUCUUCCUUCCUUCCAUUCCUUCCUUCCUUCCUUUCAUUCAUUCAUUCUCCCUUUUAUCCGUUAAGUCUCUUCCUUUCUUCCUUCCUUCCUUUUUCCAAUUCCUUCCUUCCUCCCUCACAUUCCUUACUUUCUUCCAUUCUUUCCUUCCUUUCACCUUUUCUCCCUUCCUUCCUUCCUUCCUUCCUUCCUUUUUUCCAUUCCUUCCUUCCUCCCCUCAUUGCUUUCUUUUUUCCAUUCUUUCUUUCUCUCUCCCAUUCCUUCCUUCCUUCCUUCCUUCCUUCCUUCCAUUUCUUCCUUCCUUCCUUCCUUCCUUCCUUCCUUCCAUUUCUUCCUUCCUUCCUUCAUUCCUUCCAUUUCUUCCUUCCUUCCUUCCUUCCUUCCUUCCUUUCUUCUAUUGCUUCCUUCCUUUAAUUCAUUCAUUCUUUUCUCACUUGUAUCCGUUAACCAUUUUCCCCUUCCUUCCUUCCUUCCUUCCUUUUUUCCAUUCUUUUUUUUUCUCUCUCCCAUUCCUUCCUUCCUUCCUUCCUUCCUUCCUUCCUUCCAUCCAUUCCUUCCUUCGCUCCUUUCUUCCUUCCUUCCAUUCCUUCCUUCCUUCCUUUCAUUCAUUCAUUCAUUCUCCCUUUUAUCCGUUAAGUUUCUUCUCCCUUCCUUUCUUUCCUUCCUUCCUUCCUUUUUCCAUUCUUUUUUUCCUUUCUCCCAUUCCUUCCUUCCUUCCUUCCUUCCUUCCAUUCCUUCCUUCGUUCCUUUCUUCCUUCCUUCCAUUCCUUCCUUCCUUCCUUUCAUUCAUUCAUUCAUUUUCCCUUUUAUCCGUUAAGUCUCUUCUCUCCUUCCUUCCUUCCUUUUUUUCCAUUCUUUUUUUUCCUCUCUCCCAUUCCUUCCUUCCUUCCAUUCCUUCCUUCGUUCCUUUCUUCCUUCCUUCCAUUCCUUCCUUCCUUUCAUUCAUUCAUUCAUUCAUUCCUUCUCCCUUUUAUCCGUUAUCUCUUCUCUCCUUCCUUCCUUCCUUCCUCUCGCCCAUUCCUUCCUUUCCUCCUCCCAUUCCUUCCUUCCAUUUCCUCUUUCUUCUAUUCCUUCCUUUCUCUCUUCUACUCCUUCUUUUCAGUUAUUCAUUCUCUCCUUCCUUCGCUCUUGUAUCCGUUAAGCCUUUUCUCCACUUCCUUCCUUCCUUUUAUUCCUUCCUUCCUUCCAUUCCAUCCUUCCAUUCUUUCCUUCCUUCUUUCUUUCCAUCUUUCCUUCCUUCCUUAAUUUCUUCUUUCUUUCUAUCCCUUCCUUCCGUAAUUUCUCUUUUAUUUUUCACUCUCUUAAACAGAAUUGUAUAUUUUCUUCAUUACUUGUUUCUCUCCUCAAAGUUGCUUUCUUUCUUUUCUUCUACCCUUUAG